CUCGUUCAUUCCGCUUUAGGAACAACAGGCUGAUGGAGAUUGAUGUGGCGAGGAGGGAGAAAGAGUAACUUACCGAGAGCCGGCGGUGUGGGAGCUAGCGAGCGCAGCGUUACGUUAACGUGAAGUUUUCAGUCUUCAGUUGUUUUCUUAGCGCUGGAAGCGGAGGAUAAUGCUGACGGACUGUAGCGGGGCGACUCUACAACUAACUCAUCCCGCAGAAUCAGCAGCAGCAGCAGCUGCAGAAGAAAUGGUUAACCGUGCAGUGAUUAGCUGUUAGUGAGCAGAACUGUAGUGAACCGGACCGCUGAUGAGCUAGCUAAACAAGCUAGUUAACCUCACUAGCGUGCUAACUCCUUAACGCUAAAGUACGGGAUUCUGUCAUUUUGGCGAGCGAGUUUGAUUUGAUGCUGAGAGGAGCGCUGCUGAGAACUACUGAGGAGGACUAGUGCAGCCUUACCCUCAGUUUUGUUUGUUUUUCACUUACUUUUCUGGUUUCUGGCGCUCUGGAGAAGACUGAGCGUGUUGGAGAGCACUUCGCCGGUCGUCUCUGUGCGUUUUGUCCCCCUUUGUGUCCGUUUUGGCGGUUGGCGGAGAGCCGUUGCGCUCGUGGAGCUACUCGGACAUUUGAAAACACGCACAUUUAUUUGAACACGAAUUUGAAUUUUCGUGUCGCGCGGGAUUAACGAACUUUUCCACUCCUCUUUCUCUCCUUCUGGUCAAGCUUUCAGUCAGUUAUUUCACUAGCUUUUCACUCUUUCUCUUGAACUAACUCUCCCUCUAUCUUCCUAUAUAUUAUACGUUCUCCCUCUCGCUCCUGUGCGCGCGCGGAUCGUAAAAAAAAAAAAAAAAGACACCGGGACUCGCGCUUGCUCCCUCGUGCAGCUGCGCGUGGCUGAGGAGCGGGAAACAUGGAUGUACGCUUUUACCCGUCCGCCGGGGGGAACCACCCGGAGAGCCUGGAUUUCUCGCACUGCCUGGGCUACUACGGCUACAACAAGUUCAGCAACAACAACAACUACAUGAACAUGGCUGAUGCAAACGGCGCUCUGCUCGCAGGCGGGGACACGUUUCACACUCCCAAUCUCGGAGAUGAGGAGUUCGAGAUCCCGCCCAUCACCCCUCCUCCAGAGACGGAGUCCGGACUGGGGCUGCAGGAGGGGGGCUCACCCUUCCCCAGGCUGCCCGAACACGCUAACUCACAGCGGGGUCCCUUCACUCCUCAGUUCCCCCCUCAGAGUCUGGAGCUGCCCUCCAUAACCAUCUCCAGAAACCUGAUGGAACAGGAGGGAGUGGGCAUCAACAAUGGACUCCCUAUGGGUAUCGGACAGUCCCAGUUGCGCCAGUACCCUCCGAACCCCACCAUGGUAAUGCGUUCGAUCAUCAACAUGAACAGCCCAAACACUAUGAUGUCACGCAACCAGCUGACCACCAUUAACCAGUCGCAACUAAAUGCUCAGCUGGGCCUCAACAUGACUGGACCAAACAUCGCCCACACCUCUCCUUCUCCACCGGCAAGCAAGUCAGCCACGCCCUCUCCUUCCAGUUCAAUAAACGAAGAUGAUCAGGACGAGGGAACUAAGAUCGGAGAGAAGCGUCCGGCCCCAGAUGCUGGUAAGAAGCCAAAGACGCCUAAGAAGAAGAAGAAGAAAGACCCGAACGAGCCUCAGAAGCCGGUCUCGGCCUACGCGCUGUUCUUCAGAGACACUCAAGCAGCCAUCAAAGGCCAGAACCCCAAUGCUACAUUCGGGGAGGUCUCCAAGAUCGUGGCCUCCAUGUGGGAUGGCCUAGGAGAAGAGCAGAAACAGGUUUACAAAAGCAAAACAGAGGCAGCCAAGAAGGAGUACCUGAAAGCCCUCGCUGCGUACCGCGCCAGCCUGGUGUCAAAGGCUGCAGCAGAAUCAGCCGAGGCUCAAACCAUCCGUUCGGUACAGCAGACCCUGGCCUCCACCAGCUUGUCUCCGGGCCUGGUCAUGCCCUCCCCGCUGUCCUCACCUCUCUCUCAGCACCCCUCCAUGUCGGCCGCGGCCCAGGCGCUCCAGCAGCAGGCGAUGCCCCGGGCCAUCGCCCCCAAGCCCCUGCAGAUGCGGGUGGGCAACAGCCACAUCGUCACCUCCAUCACAGUGGCCCACCAGAACAUGGGCUCCGGCGUACCCUCGCAGAUGCUGGGCCAGAUGGGUCCUGGCGCUCCGCAGCCGGCCGUGCCGUCUCAGAUGAGCCCGCCCAUGCAGCCCCCGCCGCACACCGCAGCCAUGCAGCAGCAGCAGAUGCAGCAGCACUUGCAGCACCAUCAGAUGCAGCAGCAGCAAAUGCAUCACCAGCAGAUUCAGCAGCAGAUGCAGCACCAGCAUUUCCAGCAUCAUCUGCAGCAGCAGCUGCAGCAGCAUCACAUGCAGCAGCAGCAGCAGCAACAACAACAGCAACAAAUGCAACAUCAGCAACAUCAGCAGCAUCAACAACAGCAGCAGAUGCAGAUGCAACACAUGCAGCAAAUGCAGCAGAUGCAUCAGAUGCAUCAGCAGCAACAGCAGCAGCACCAGUCGCAGUGUUCGCCCGUUCAGCAUUCGCCCGGGGCCCCCCACUCGGCGUCGCUCGGAAGCCCGCCGCCGGCCCCCCAGCCCCACCCCUCCCAGAUCCAGGCCCACGCCCAAGUCCUCUCGCAAGUCAGCAUCUACUAAACCCCCCUGAAUCCCAGAGUCUCGACUCAGAGAGGAAGAAGUUUGUUUUUAAAAAAAAGCGCUGUUUCAAAGUGGCUUUUUUUUCCAAAGUUGCACUUAAGAAGUGUGUGAAAUAAGAGAAAUAAGAAUGUUUUACAAAAGAUCUGUCCUUUGUUCUAGAUGGAUACCCCCGACGUGUGUAAAAUAGAGAAAGAAAUGGACUAAAAAGGUCUUGCCUGGACUUCUGUCUAUAAAAUAGACAGAGCUAUGGUGAGGAACGGAGUGCCUGGUUGUUGUUUUGUUUGUUUUUUAAUCUCAAUGGUUGAGGUUUAAGACACUGUUUCAUGACAUUAUCGAAGCCAGAAGUGACAGCUGGAUCGGCUACAGUGACAAAUCUCUCUUUUUUCUCUUAAUUUAACAGUAAAGCUUUAUUUACAAGGUCACCACUGGUUACUGUCCUACUAAGGACCACGACGGGACAUUGCUGAAUUGACUUUUUUUGUUGUUUCGGACAGCUUUUCAUAAUUCAGAGGAAUAAACGGAUUUAAAACGGGAAUUUUAAAACUGCUAAAGAAGGCAGAGACACACUAACCUUCUAAGCCCACUCUGUUUGCUCCUCCUCCUACUCAAGUUUCUGUAGAUGAACCUUUACAUACAUUCUCAGCCCCUUCAGAGAGAACGGACACAAAGGGAACUUUUAUUUUGCUCUGCUCUCAACAGAGGAACAUAACUCACUCUCGAACCUGCUGUACAUGAGCUGAGAGGAGAGGGAAGAACUUCUCCUUUAACCGACUUCUCCUCAAGAAACUCGUCGGCUCAAGCGUGUAUAAAUAGCACUCCUCUCCCCCCAAAAAAGGAAAAAACCUUCUAUGUAUUUGUAUUUACCUCAAAACUUUAAUGAAUUUAAAUUAUGUUUCUGUUCAGUUUUUUUUUGUUUUUUUUUUUCAUUUUGUGUAAUAAAAAGUGCAUAUUUUAAGGAUAUUUUAAGGAGAAAUUGCAAAAUCCAAGGAUUCAGGCCAAUGGUUUAAUGAGUAAUGUAUUUUUACACGAUUCCUUGACACCACAGACUUACGGAAAGAGAGAAAUGAAGUAAAGCAGGGACAUUUUACAGUGUCGAAGCUAACAUGGGGAAAAAGAUGGAAGUAUUUUCUGCCAGCUGUAAAAAAAAUAUGAUGAUAAAGAGAAAAAAAAAAAAAAAAACAAGCAAAGCAAGGUGUACAUUUUUCAUAUCGCCUGUUGUAAAGUUUUAAUACGUGAGGCUUUAAUUCUGAAGUCGGUAAGCUGACCUGUGGAUUGCUCCAUCGCAUAGUGCAUCUCUGCUCUUUUUCUACUUUUUUAUGAGUUAGCAGCGAUUCAUUUGUUUGUAUUUUUGCUUACAGAUCAAAAAUUCAUCUGCUUUUAAAAACCUGUCCAUAGAAUAAAACACAUUUCAGUAGACUCAA